CCGCAUUUCGUCGGUUGAUCUCCAACAGCUCUCUGAUCGGAUGAUUUCCUCUGCCUUCCAGUUCUUCCCCCAGUUCCCUGUUUGUCAUUGUCCUCUAGACAAUAUUUUCUUCGCUUCUGACCUAUCAACCUGUUACUUCCAUAAUGAUGAAAUUUCGACCCAGACUCAGCCUAUUCACUGCCCUUCGGGCUGCUCCACCCACUCGGCGCUUUGCGACAGAGGCGCGGUUAACUUCGGACCAUGUUCGCAUUGUCGAAGUAGGGGCACGAGAUGGAUUGCAGAAUGAGAAGAAGUCCAUACCACUCGAAACCAAGCUUCAGUUAAUUGAGAAGCUAUCAAAAACCGGUGUGACGACAAUUGAAGCUGGAUCUUUUGUUCCUGCCAAAUGGGUGCCUCAGAUGGCAAGCACUGCGGAAAUAUGUGAAAAGCUCCUCACAUCCCCACCGCAAUCGCAGAAUGCUAUUGCAUACAACUACUUGGUCCCUAAUAUCAAGGGGCUUGAAAAUCUUGUCAAAAUUAUGGAUACUGCCGGUGUCCCUGCAGAGAAUACCAAGUCUUCAACUUCAACUGAGAUUUCACUCUUCGCUGCGGCGACGGAAGCUUUUUCCAAAGCAAAUACCAAUUGCACCAUUGCGGAGUCGUUGGAACGCAUUCGCCCCAUUGUAGAAUUGGCCAAAACGAAAAACAUCAGGGUUAGAGGAUAUGUUUCCGUCGCCCUAGGCUGUCCGUACGAAGGCCCGGAUGUUUCUCCGUCAAAGGUGGCUGACAUCACGGCCACACUACUCGAGAUGGGUGCCGAUGAAGUGUCAGUAGCUGACACCACGGGUAUGGGAACAGCCCCACGUACGAUGGAGCUCCUACAGGCGCUCAAAGCUGCAGGCAUUGCGAACAAUGAUCUCGCGUUGCAUUUCCAUGAUACAUACGGACAGGCCCUGGUAAAUACCGUCGUGGGACUGGAGCAUGGUAUUCGGAUUUUCGACAGUAGUGUGGGCGGACUCGGUGGCUGCCCCUACUCCAAGGGCGCCACUGGCAAUAUCUCGACAGAAGACCUGGUUCACACGCUUCAUAGUCUUGGAAUGCACACGGGAAUCAAUCUAGAAGAGAUGGCUAAGAUCGGCGGUUGGAUCAGCGGCGAGCUGGAUCGGUUCAACGAAAGUAGGGCUGGGAAAGCAACCCUUGCAAGGAUUCAAGAAUGAGGACCGGUAUUUCGCAGGAAGAACCCGAAUAUCUUCGUCGACUAAGCAUUUGUCUGGGGAACUGUCAUCUUUUGUCAUCCUGUAAACCAUAUGCUGCACGUUGCCCCCAAGCUCCGCUGCUCAUACAAAUACCGUGUCUCUGCUAUACAUACAAUGUUAAUAUAGCUUCCAAGUCUUUAAAUUAUAGCACGAAGUGGCCUGA